UCGGAGCCGGGCGCCCAUCUGCUGCCCCAUGCUGUGCUCCAUGGCGAACUCGGGCUGCCUCCUGCUGUCCAACUCCGGCAGCAUGCUCCCGCAUUCAGUGCCCUGCCCGCCUGCCUUCCUCUACCUCCAACAGGGUAAUCAGGACACCACGGCUCCUCCUGAAGCGAUGGCUCAGCCCUACCCCCAGGCCCAGUAUCCCCCACCGCCACAGAACAGCAUCCCCACUGAGUAUGUGCCACCCCACCCUCACCCCACACAGGACUACUCCGGCCAGACCACAGUACCAGAACAUGCCAUGACCCUCUACACACCAGCACAGACCCACCCAGAGCAGCCAGGCACCGACGCCAGCACACAGCCAAUCACUGGGACACAGACAGUACCGCAAACAGAUGAAGCUGCACAGACAGACAGCCAACAGCUACAUUCCUCAGAGAACACAGACAAGCAGCAGCCCAAGAGAUUACACGUCUCCAACAUCCCCUUCCGGUUCAGGGAUCCUGAUCUUCGGCAAAUGUUCGGGCAAUUCGGAAAAAUUUUAGACGUGGAGAUCAUUUUUAACGAACGGGGCUCCAAGGUGGGUGCUGCCCAGACGCCGCCAUCAUUACAGCGAACCCAGCUGUAA